AACCCUUGUCACGCAAUAAUUUCCCUUAGUCCUCUAUAAUUUCUCCUCCCGAGAGUAAGUGAAUAGCAGAAAAGCUAAGGUCAGGAAAAACAGAAUGUCGCUCGCCAAAGCUGUUGUUUUGGAUAAUGGGUCUGAUACAAUCAAAGCGGGAUUUGCUAAAGACGAGUCUCCUCAAGUAGAGUUUACCUCCGUCGUUGGUCAUCCAAAGUACGCGAAAUUACAAGAACAAGCAGAUCGCGAAGAUCCGCUCGUCGGAAAUGGUGCCUUGGAUAAGAGGGGCGAUCUGGAUCUUACAUACCCAGUCAAGAACUCGAUCAUAACUAACUGGGAGGACAUGGAAACGAUCUGGCAUUACACUUUCGCCCAGCUGGGUGUAAGUCCCGAACAACGCCCCGUUCUUCUGACAGAAGCCCCAUUUAAUCCACAAGUAAACAGAGAGAAGACAACAGAGAUCAUGUUCGAGACCUUCCAUACACCAGCGAUGUAUUUAGCUCCAGCACCUGUCCUGUCUCUCUACGCCUCUGGCCGUAAGGAUGGUAUCGUCCUCCAGAGUGGUUUCGGCGUCAGUUACGCCGUCCCUAUCAGUGAAGGUUUCGCUCUUCGCCAGAACGUUUCGAGUCUCGAUUUGGCCGGUACGAAUUUGACAGAUUAUCUCACAAAGAUUCUGGGCGAACGGGGCAAGACUCUAACCGAGCACAGAUUAGCAAGAGAUGUUAAAGAGAGGCUUUGCUAUGUCGCUCAGGACUUUGAAAAGGAGAUGAGUACUGCUGCCUCUGAUCCGAGCUUGCAGAGAAGCUAUGAACUCUCUGAUGGCCAGUUUGUCACUCUUGGCGACGAGAGAUUUAGAUGUCCCGAGGUUCUGUUCCAGCCCUCCAUGGCUGACAAUAGUUUAGCGUUGUCACCCGGCAUCCAUCAGCUCGUAUUUGAGUCCAUCGUGAAGUGCAACGAAGACAUCAGAAAUGAAAUGUACGCCAAUAUUGUCUUGUCUGGUGGCUCCACUAUGUUCAAAGGAAUUGCUGAAAGAGUGCAGAAGGAGAUCACUGGACUCGCCGGGGCUUCACCUACAAGAAAGGUCAAGAUCAUUGCUCCUCCUGAGCCUAAAUACUCUGCAUGGAUUGGGGGAUCAAUCCUGGCUUCGUUAUCGGAUUUUCAGUCCAUGUGGAUCUCUAAGCAAGAAUAUGAUGAAGAGGGCCCCGCUGUUGUCAACCGCAAAUGCCUAUAGCUAUUAAAAAAAUUUGAACCCGUCCAUGAUUCUGUACGGCGUUGGCUUUGAGUUGUUGAUGAAUAUAGACAAAACUUGAUCUAAUGAAGAAUAAUUUAGAUGUAAACAGAAAGAUUUGUUUCAGUGUCUAUGUGUUAACUCUAAAAUGAUCACCAACUGAGGUACUUCUUGAUCCAUGUGCAAAUUCACCUUGUUAACAUAAAGGAAAUAUACAGAGAACAGUAUGGAGAAUAUACUUAGUUAUCAGGUUGCUGUGUUUACUGAAGCCCUUCCCACCAUGCCACUCCUCAAAACAGAUCUCCGAACGCGACUGAAUUUAAAAAACGGCAAACAAAAACAAACAAAUAAUAACAAGAAAAAAUGACCUUCGUUGCAAGAAAGUAAAUCAUAAGUACAAUACGUAUAAAAAAUUUGGCGCAAUUCCAAAGAUAAGGCUGCAUGGAAUCUUUUAUAGAUCGAUUUCCAGCAAAAGAAUACUUAUUUUUAGGCUUUCGUCGAUCUCAGGUCCAGUUGAUACCAAGUAGUUUAAUUUCCAGUCGCUAUUUUGGAGAUGAGUUUUGGCCGGGAGUGGUUAAUCUGAAAUUGUAAUGACCCAAAAAUCGCUAGGCAGGUAGCCGACUGAGUGACAGUUCUACCACUCAUGCAUGUUAAAACAUGACGUUCAAACAGGUGGUAAUCAGGGAUAGGUGAAUUGAUAGAUCUAAAUACUGAAACACUCGCACUUUUUGUUUCUUAACAAUUAAUAAAUAGAUUAUCCACAAACGAAUCCUUUCGUUUUGCCCUCACGAAAUCGCAGUUAUUCUUUUAGCCGUAAAUUCUUCCCUUUUGCAUUGGUUACCGCAGCAACGUGACAACUACGGGUGCCCUUCAGUCGAAAAUGUAAAUUGUAUGAUCGUAAUUUUUUGUUUCGUUAAUGAAUCGAUUCCAUCGACGAAAGCCAAAUCAUCUCGCAAUCUACUGUUUUAUCAGUUGUUCAUCAUUUUCUAUUUUUCCUAUCUUCUAAUGGCGCCAGAUUGAAAAAUCCUCGAGCAAUAAACCGACGAAUUACAAAAUUGUGUCGGUUGAUGUUUAACGUAAGCUUUACGACCGUACCAACUAUAAAGGCCGCUGGCACGAGAUUUGCCUUUGCGUUGUAAUGUUUAUAUUUUUCCUCAAAUAAAAGUCAUAGAGGUUU